CGUGUUCUUGGGGUCCUGGUCUCCAGGCUCCGAACGGGUGGGUCGCCCGCUGGGGGGCGAAGGGUUCUGAGCUGGCUCAGCUCGCCGCAGGUGGCUACUGGAGCUGACACCCAGGACCGCGGUGGAUCUGCGCGCCCCCUUGCUGCAGCAUCGCCUGGCUGAGCUGCGGAGCUGCACUCGCUACCCUUGGCGGGCUGUGGCCUCGCCUAGCUCUGCGCUUUUGCUCUCAGAGGUACUGGAGGUCGGAGUCUGCAGGAUGCUGAAGAGUUGGUGCGAGCUGUGCGCAUGACAGCUUGAACUUUCUUGGGGAUUCCUCUACCAGCCCGUUAGAUCGUGUCAUGCAUGUCACCAGAUAACAAAAUUAAAUAUUCCCUCCAGUGCCCUUUUGGAAUAUUUUGACUUCUCUCCUUAAAAACUGACGAAAAGACCAACUCCUCCCACUGUCAGGAACUAUCUUGUCUUCAGAGUCUGGGAUAAGGGCUUGCAAAUGAGAAAGCUAUCUAUGUCUCUGCGGUCCUUCCACCCCUAACGCUCCCAGAGGAGCUUCGUUCCUACCGUUUUUCUAGCCUUCAGAGAGAUUUCUCCAGAGCAAUGACCCAGAAGACUUGAUUAGAGUGACGUUGUUUCCUGGGCCCCCAAAAUGGCAGCUAAAAUGGAGAUAACUUUGAGUACCUACACUGAGGAUUCUGACAGGCAAGAGAGACACAUCAUAAUGAAGCUGGAGGAGAAACGUGGGCCCGCUCAGCAAAAAGCUGGCCCCGAUCCUGAGCUUUCCCGCCAGAGCUUCAGACACUUUUGUUAUCAGGAGGUGUCUGGACCCCAGGAAGCGCUCUCCCGCCUUCGACAGCUCUGCAGACAGUGGCUGCAGCCUGACCUACACACUAAAGAGCAGAUUUUGGAGCUCCUAGUGAUGGAGCAGUUUCUGGUCAUCCUUCCUCCAGAGAUCCAGGCGCAGGUCAGGCAUCGAUAUCCAAUGAGCAGCAAGGAGAUCGUGACGCUGGUGGAAGAUUUGCACAGAGCAUCCAAAAAACCAAAGCAGUGGGUGGCUGUUUGUCUGCAAGGGCAGAAGGUGCUCCUGGAGAGAACAGCAGCUCAGCCUGGAGAACAAGAACUUCCAGACUUUGGGCCCCAAACUCAUAGCAGAGAUAUUCAAGAGAACUCCCUGGAAGAACCUUCCUGGGAAGGGUCUCAUGCCCAGCUGAGUCCCCAUCAUUGGGAGAAAUAUCCCUUCUACCAGGAACCAGUUCUCAAACUGACCGAGACAGAGGCCUCCAAGACGAGAAGAGACAAGGAAAACCCACAACAGGAAGGGGCAAAAGGAACAGAGACACAUGCGGUGUCACCCGCGAGAUCCAAAGUGGGUAGUCUGCACGGCCCUGAAGCAAGAUGGGUGAGCACGAGUGAACCCCAAUUGUCACAGAGGCAGGCCAGACCCCCAAAUGCUCAGAAGGCAUUUGCUCACUACCAGAGGCACUGCAGAGAACUGGACUAUAUCAGCAACCCCCUCAGAGGCUACCCACUGAGAGAGUUAAAGAAAAGCAAAAGAGGCAGAAGAGGCCUGAGCAGCCUUCUGCAGUGUCUUAGCCACCAGGCGGCCCACGCGGCAAAGAAACCUUACAAAUGCGAUGACUGUGGGAAGAGCUUCACGUGGAAUUCAGAGCUGAAGCGACAUAGGCGAGUACACACAGGAGAGAGACCCUACGUCUGUGGGGAGUGCGGAAACCGCUUUGGGAGGCAGUCAACUCUGAAACUGCACCAGAGAAUCCACACUGGGGAGAAACCAUACCAGUGCAGCCAGUGUGGGAAAAGCUUUCGCCAAAGCUCAAAUCUCCACCAGCACCACAGGCUCCACCAUGGGGACUAAACAGGUGCUGAGUGCUUUAGAGGCCCAGGGAAGGGCGGACCUGUCUCUCCUUUUCCUUACUUGCAGGUAAAUCACAGAGCAAGGGGCCCUUGGGGAGUGAUGGAGCCUGUCUGCAAAGCUGCCUGAUCCGGGUGUUGGGGAAGGAGAACUGUAUUGUCAGCAGAGUGGGGACUAGUUACUGAGAAUAGUUAGGCUGAGCCACAAGCGGUUUUAAUUAAUUUAAUCGCUCAUUAAUUAAAUUCUUCAUGUUGCUUUGUCUUAUAAAAUACAGUUCUCAUGUGCACUCUUGAGCAGCUCACUAGAAUUUCAAGAAAACACUCACUGGGGAGACCUCUAAUAGUCUUUCUGCAACUAACCUUUUUGUUGUUGGUGGUGUUUUUCAUUAAUUUUUAUUUAUUUUUGAGGCAGGGUUUCUCUGCCCUGGCUAUCCUGGAACUCAUUCUGUCGGCCAGGCUGGCCUCAAACUCAGAGAUCUGCCUGCCUCUGCCUCCCCAGUGCUUUGAUUAAAGGCGUGCGCCACCAACUGGUAGAUAGCACCUUUAUUAAAAAGUUGUAUUUGAGGGAUCUUUUUUUUUUAUAGCAAACUUUUGAUUUACUUCAGUCCCAAGAUACAAGGAAAAGCUCCAGGGAGAAGUAAAUAGUGUUCUGGUAGACAGGGGAAUCCUGCCUGUUUUUUCUCAAGUAAGACAUUAGCUUUAAGACUGUGACUGGCAUUUUCAGUGUUUACAACUAGAUUAUGGUGAUGGCUACACAACUCAGUGACUCCAGGAAAAUUACUGAAAUAGGUUAAUUUAUGAUAAGUACUUGGACAGCAUUUUUUAAAUGACAGAAUACUAUAUUUAUAUAGUGUUAGUGUUUCAAAACUGGGUCAGGGACACCAUCCUGUGCCAAACUCUUGUUUCCUCAAAGUAGACAGUAGAACCCAGUCAGUACCACUCUAGGCGAGGCAUCCUCUUCCUCGGUCAGGCAGACAGGAUGCAUACUUUGUACAAACAGUAGGAGGUGGCCGUCCAAGCCACUGCCUUUAUCUUCAGUAUCAGCCUGUCCUUACUUCUUCCCCAGCCCGCAUACGAGUACUAGCUGGAACCUAUAGUUCUCCCCACCAAGCACACAUACCCUUCCCUUAAGGGCAGCUUCACUGUUGUCUCUGGGUAACUUCUGAGUCUCAGUCAUGUCUGUAUCCGUUCUAUAGCUGCUGUAACAAAUGACCGCGAGCUUGGUGGCUUAACCCAAAAUUUCUCUUGUACGACUGGAAGAAGCUAAAGUCUGGAAUCAGCUUCACUCGUCCAGAAUCACCUUGGGCAGGGCUUUCUUUCCUUCUGGAAACCCUGAGAGGUGGAUCAGCUUCCUUGACUUUUUCAGCUUCUAGCAGCCUCCGACAUUCUUGGACUCAUGACCCCUUCAUCCUCAAAGUACAUGUUUUU